UUGAACAAGAGGAACCGCUACGAGGCACGGAGGAAGAGCGGCCCAGUACCAAUAAUUCAACUCUCAAGUCAAUAUUGAUGGAGUGGCAGCCAGAUGAGCAGGGACUUCAGCAAGUCCUCCAACUGCUCAAGGAUUCACAGUCGCCCAACACAGUCACGCAGAGAGCUGUCCAACAAAAACUUGAACAACUGAACCAGUUCCCUGACUUCAACAACUAUCUCAUCUUUGUUCUCACACGACUCAAAACUGAAGAUGAGCCGACUCGCUCUUUGAGUGGUCUGAUACUGAAGAACAAUGUCAAGGCCCACUACCAGAACUUCCCCUCAACUGUUGCUGAUUUCAUCAAGCAGGAAUGUCUCAACAACAUCGGUGAUCCCUCGCCGCUCAUCCGUGCCACAAUCGGCAUCCUGAUCACUACUAUUGCCUCCAAGGGAGAGCUACAGACAUGGCCAGAGCUGCUGCCCCAGCUCUGCAACUUGCUCAACUCAGAGGACUACAACACCUGCGAGGGCUCGUUUGGAGCACUGCAGAAGAUCUGCGAGGACUCGUCCGAGCUGCUGGACAGCGACGCUUUGAACAGACCGCUCAACAUCAUGAUACCUAAAUUCCUUCAGUUCUUCAAGCACUGCAGCCCCAAGAUUAGGUCACAUGCCAUAGCCUGUGUUAACCAGUUCAUCAUUGGAAGAGCGCAGGCCCUCAUGGACAACAUUGACACCUUCAUAGAGAGCCUGUUUGCGCUGGCAGCAGAUGAGGACUCCGAGGUUCGAAAGAACGUGUGCCGAGCCUUGGUCAUGCUACUGGAGGUCCGCAUCGACCGCCUCAUUCCCCACAUGCACAGCAUCAUCCAGUACAUGCUGCAGCGGACCCAGGACCCGGAUGAGAACGUGGCUUUGGAGGCCUGCGAGUUUUGGCUCACUCUAGCAGAGCAACCCAUCUGCAAGGAGAUGCUCUCCGGACACCUGGCGCAACUGACCCCUAUCUUGGUGAAUGGGAUGAAGUAUUCAGAGAUAGACAUCAUACUAUUGAAGGGAGACGUGGAGGAGGACGAGGCCGUACCAGACAGCGAUCAGGACAUAAAGCCUCGUUUCCACAAGUCGCGCACUGUCACCUUACAGCACGAAGGAGGGGAGGGAGAGGAAUGCGAGGACAUCGAAGAGGACGACGACGACGAUGACGACACGCUGUCCGACUGGAACCUGCGAAAGUGUUCGGCUGCAGCGCUGGACGUGCUGGCCAACGUGUUUCGUGACGACCUGCUGCCCCACCUCUUGCCGCUCCUCAAAGGCCUGCUCUUCCACCCCGACUGGGUAAUUAAGGAGUCCGGCAUCCUGGUGUUGGGGGCCAUAGCCGAGGGCUGCAUGCAGGGUAUGGUGCCCUACUUGCCAGAGCUCAUCCCUCACCUCAUCCAGUGUCUGUGUGACAAGAAGGCCCUGGUGCGCUCCAUCGCCUGCUGGACCCUAAGUCGUUAUGCACAUUGGGUGGUCUCCCAGCCCCCGGACUCCUACCUUAAACCCCUCAUGACAGAGCUUCUUAAACGCAUCCUGGACGGCAACAAGAGGGUGCAGGAGGCGGCAUGCAGUGCAUUUGCCACCCUGGAAGAGGAGGCAUGUACAGAGCUGGUGCCCUACCUGAGCUUCAUCUUGGACACGCUGGUCUUCGCUUUUGGGAAGUACCAGCACAAGAACCUCCUCAUCCUCUACGAUGCCAUAGGAACUCUGGCAGACUCAGUGGGUCAUCACCUGAAUCAACCUGAGUACAUUCAGAAGUUGAUGCCCCCCCUUAUUGCCAAGUGGAACGAGCUGAAGGAUGAAGACAAGGAUCUGUUCCCACUGCUGGAGUGUCUGUCGUCAGUAGCCACCGCCCUCCAGAGUGGGUUUUUGCCUUAUUGUGAGCCCGUCUAUCAGCGCUGUGUCACACUAGUCCAGAAGACACUAGCUCAGGCUAUGAUGUACAACCAGCAUCCAGACCAGUAUGAGGCUCCUGACAAGGAUUUUAUGAUCGUGGCUCUGGAUCUGCUCAGUGGCUUGGCUGAGGGUUUGGGGGCUCAUGUGGAGCAGCUAGUAGCCCGCUCUAACAUUAUGACCCUGCUUUUCCAGUGCAUGCAGGACACUAUGCCUGAAGUGAGGCAAAGCUCCUUUGCUCUGCUGGGUGAUCUAACAAAGGCCUGCUUCCUCCAUGUUAAGCCCUGCAUUGCUGAGUUCAUGCCCAUCCUGGGGCUCAACCUGAACCCAGAGUUUAUCUCGGUGUGUAACAACGCCACCUGGGCCAUCGGAGAGAUCUCGAUGCAAAUGGGCAAAGAUGUCAAGCAGGAAACAGAGGAUUGUCCAGGUGCAGAGAUGCAGCCGUAUGUGGGCAUGGUUUUGCCACAUCUGGUGGAGAUCAUCAAUAGACCCAACACACCCAAGACUCUGCUGGAAAACACAGCCAUUACGAUUGGCAGACUCGGUUACGUGUGUCCUCAGGAAGUGGCUCCACAGCUUCAGCAUUUCAUUAGACCAUGGUGCACGUCAUUGAGGAAUAUCCGAGAUAAUGAAGAGAAGGACUCAGCUUUCCGGGGAAUCUGCGUGAUGAUCGGCGUCAACCCAGCAGGAGUGGUGCAGGACUUUAUUUUCUUCUGUGAUGCUGUGGCCUCCUGGGUCAACCCCAAAGAUGACCUGAGAGACAUGUUUUAUAAGAUCUUACAUGGCUUCAAGGACCAGGUUGGGGAGGAGAACUGGCAGCAGUUCUCUGAGCAGUUCCCUCCUUUGUUGAAGGAGCGCCUGUCGGCGUGCUAUGGUGUCUAACCCAGCCUCCCCCUGGUCUACACUGGACACCGACCUGUUAGGUUAAUGUAGGGAAGGGUUACUGGGGAACUCAUUGCACUGCCCAGAUCGUGGGGUGAAACAAGAGCUGGAGGGAUGUGACUGGCCUUGACCCUCCACUCAGCGGACGGCCUCCU